CACAAAAAACGUCUAAGGACACGUGAAAAAGGAAAAAAAGAACAAAAGAGCAUCGGCGGGCGAUGGAGAAAAAGGCAGCGGUGAACGCGGCGGAGAACGCGGCACCGGCGGCGCGGCGGGAGGUUUUCCUGCGAGAGGUGAAAGAGGUGAAUCGCAUAGCUCUGCCGAUGAUUGUGGUCACCGUGUCCCAGUAUCUGCUCCGCACUUCUCCAAUGCUGAUGUUGGGACACCUCGGGGAGCUGCCCCUCUCCUCCGCCUCCAUCGCCACCUCCUUCUGCAACGUCACCGGCUACAGUCUUCUUUAUGGAAUGUCGAGCGCGUUGGAGACGCUGUGUGGGCAGGCGUACGGAGCAAGACAGUAUCGAAAACUAGGGACGUUCGCAUUGGGCUCCAUUCUAUGUCUCUUCCUCGUCUGCAUUCCGGUCUCCAUCCUCUGGUUGUUCACCAAAAACUUGUUGAUAUUGAUAGGACAAGACCACGCCAUCGCGGUAGAGGCAGGAAAGUACGCCACCUGGCUCAUACCCACUCUGUUUCCAUAUGCCAUUCUCCAGUCUCUCGUUCGGUACCUUCAGGCGCAGAGCUUGAUUGUUCCGAUGAUGUGGAGCUCCGUGGCUUCUCUGUGCUUCCACUUGCCCGUGUGUUGGGCUUUUGUGUUCAAGCUAAACUUGGGGAUUGCCGGAGCUGCAUUGUCAAUCGGUCUAUCCUAUUGGUUGAAUGUGAUUUUGAUUUUGGCGCACGCCAAGGAGUCGUCAACCUGUGAGAGAAGCCGCCCUGCUUUCUCCAGGGAUGUUUAUUCCACGAUGGGGGACUUCUUUCGCUUCGCCAUUCCCUCUGCUGUAAUGGUCUGUUUGGAAUGGUGGUCGUUUGAGCUGAUCGUAUUGUUAUCUGGAAUUUUGCCAAACCCGAAACUAGAGACCUCGGUGUUGUCAAUAUGCUUUACAACCACAUCGGUACACUACCACAUUCCAUACUCCUUCGCUACUGCUGCAAGUGUUCGAAUUUCAAAUGCCCUCGGAGGUGAUAAGCCCGAGGCAGCGAAAUUGGCACUCUUGACAGUAGUGGUUCUAUCUGCCGCUGAGUUUCUCCUUGCGAGUGGGGCCCUCUUUUCCCUACGGAGCGUGUGGGGGUACGUGUUCAGCUAUGAGGAAGAAGUGAGCAGGUACGUGGAAGAGAUGGUCCCUCUGCUGUGCCUAUCCAUCAUGUUGGAUGGCACACAAGCUGUGCUCUCUGGGGUUGCUAGGGGCAGCGGGUGGCAAAGUUUAGGGGCAUUCGUGAACCUCGGGUCAUAUUACUUGGUUGGGGUCCCUAUGGCUCUGCUGCUUGGUUUUGUUUUUGACCUGAAAGGGCAGGGCCUGUGGGGCGGAUUGCUCGCCGGAUCGUUGGUUCAGUCCACCGCUUUUUCCCUCAUCACAGCCUUCACUAAUUGGGAGAAACAGGCAAUGGAAGCAAGACAAAGGCUAUUUGAUGAGAAAAUGCAACUGCCUCACAAUGAGCUUCUUCUUCAAUGAAUGGAAAUGGUAAUACUUCAUUCAUUCGUUCCAAAAUAAAUUUCUUUAUAUUAUUCACACAAUCGAACUCUACCGUUUACAUAUAUAGUCGAACUAUGUCGGAUUUUCACACACAAAAAACACAAACAAAACAUUAUGUUCUUU